AAUUGUUUAAAAUAAAGGAAAAAUGUCUGAAGAUAGCAUUUCUUAUGGAGAAGACAAAGAGAAUCUUCUGUAUAUAUCCAGAAAGAUAAAUGUGGACGAGUUCGGACUCGGAGAGGACGGACCGUUUAGGGAAUCGUUAUCCACUGCGGAUUCGAAUGUAUCGUUUAAAGCGGUCGGGUCUGAGUUGGACGUUUUGGAGAAUAUUACCGAAUUGCCAAGGACUUUUAGCGAUCCACAGGUGGGAAGGAGGUUUAGAGCAUUUAACCUAAAAUGGUCCUUUGGCAUGAACGGCAAAGUGGGGGUGAGAAACUUAACCCUGGGCCAGCGAAGGGAGUUAUUUUUUGCUGCGGUACAUUCGGGGGUGAUCUACAACUAUUGCACCAGAGAAAUGAGACAUUUGGAAGGACACCAUGAUUUAAUUAAUUGUAUAUCCACCGAUAGCGAAGGCGAUUGGUUGGUGACAUCGGACAGGGCCACAGAUGGUUGCGUGAUAAUUUGGUCCAGUACGGAGCUGACCCCUGUGUUUACUUUAUUCGGGAUUUACCCUUGUAGCGGGGUGCUACUGCAAGCAAUCAGCCCUUGUGCCAGAUACCUCCUUACGAUCGGGGAGAAGGAUGAUUCUGAUUAUUACGCCAUUCACUUUUGGGAUUGGACCUUGGGAAAAGAAACACCCGAUGGUACGUAUUUGGUGCAAAAGAGUCAUGGUUCACCCGUUCAAAUAUGCUUUAAACCCGGCUUAGAGGAGCAUAUUAUGGUGGUGUUUCAGAAACAGGUGCAUUUUCUUACUUGGGAGCUAGAAACCCAAGAACUGACCCUCUCGGCAAUUCCCCAACUAACGAGCAAACAAAACAUCGGACAACUGACCGGAGGAACUUUUAUGAAAUCGGUCCACGAGUGCUACGCCUCCUCUUCCCGGGGGUGCAUCCUGGUUUUCAGGAACACCCUGUAUAGCAAAGCCUGCUACGAGCAAGAGGAGCAAAGUAACGCCCGAAUAUUCAUUAACGCCGUUAAAGUUACCCCGAGCAGUAUCGGGGUGAUCACCACCACUGAAGAGUAUUUGGUUACCGGCGAUUCCAAGGGGCACAUCCUGUUUUUCGACAAAAAAAUCCGGAUCUUACACUGGAUAAGAAACUUACCGAUAGGAGCGAUCACUGCUAUAAGUUUCUCCUUGUCCCCCCAGAAGUAUCGCUUUGAAAAUUCCAAAGUUGUCAUUAAAGAUCGUGUAUUGGACGAUGAUAAACCGGAGAGUCUACUGGAUUGUAACUACACGGACAUGGAAGAUGAAAUCACCAAAUUGGUAGAGGCUCCUUUUGAUGCCACUUUGGAGAAUAAUCAGUUUACUGUUGGCGAUUUUUUUAUAUCUACGUCAGACUGUAAUAUUUACGCCCAUGAUUUUAUACGGAACACUUGCACCCCCGUGUUCCAAAUAUCCGACGCCAAUAUCAGUUGUAUAGAUGCGCAUGACGAGGAGCCCUACAUAGUCAUCGGUUACGAAAACGGCCGUUUGGCCCUACUGGAUUUCAAAAAGAAAAUCCAAAUAUCCACUCAGCUGUUACCGAAAACCGCCGAGUCAUCUGAGGGGGGCGACACCAUCUCCUGCAUCAAAUUCUCUUACCAAUCGUUACAUCUCAUAUGUGGGAGAGUCAAUGGGGAGAUCUACGUCCUGGAACCGGUCACCUUGGUACCGAAAAUGGAGAAACCUUUCAAGUACAGCACCUCGAGGGUGGAAAAAAUCGCCUUUUCAAUGAACUCCUUACAAUUCGCUUAUUAUGAUGAAAAAAGGACCGUUUUCCUGUUCCGCUAUGAUCCGGAAAACAGCUGCUGGGAACUCUUGGGAAAGGUGCGUUCCCACUACGAGAAAAUUAACGACAUCGCCUUUUUCCCAUUACACGUCGAAAACAAGAAAAGUUCGGUGCUGCAUACGAUCGGAGCAGAUAGACACUUGGUGCAAUACAAUAAUUUACAAGUGACCGAAACUGAGCCCUUCCAAGCCACGAUGCGGGAGCGUAUAGAGCAGAGCGCCAUCCCGAUGAAUUUUACAUACUACGAAAGAGUUCUUGGAGUAAACAGGAGCGUCGGUUAUAUUCUCUUUGCGGACGACAGGCACAAAUUGAAACUGUUUAAUGGAGAAACGAAGCUACCUAGAACCUUAUCCUUAGGACCGUCCUUCGGGUGUUUCCGGGAUUCCCUUGUGAAGAAAAUGAUGAUCCUGCCGGAGCACAAUUAUAGAUACAUGAUUUUUAACAGCAGCAAGUACAUCGGGAUUCAAAUUUUACCACCCGAUGGGAACCCUUUUAAAUAUACCGGGUACCUGGCCCACCCGGUUGAAGUAAUUGAUUUCGCUUUAUCGCAAGACGGAUUGUUCGCGUUCACUUUUGGGAAGAACGACCGGUCGGUACUGAUGUGGGAAGUCAAGCCAAGGGCGGUGGAUCUUUCCGCCCUAAUGGGCGGCACUGAGCUGGAACCGUACUACUGUUUACUCGAGGGCGGCAAGAACGGGUGGCUGUUCCAGGAAAUCCAGGAUUUGUUCUUCUACAUGCAGAUUUUACAGCAGGAGAAUAUCGAUUUGCCCCGCAGGGUUUCGGACAGUAUUAAUUUAACGGAGAUUCCGGAUCUGGUGAGGACGUGCGGAUACUAUCCGAGCCACUUUGAGUUGGAAACGAUUAUGAUUGACGUGAGGUAUCGGGAUUUCGACGAGACCGGAAUAGUGAAGGACGAGAUAUCGUUUGUGGAAUUCGUGAAGUUAUUUGUUAACCACAGGCCCGCUUACGGGUAUUCUAUGGAACAGAUCAAGCAGCAUUUCAAUACCGUGUGCCUGCUCUCGGAUUACCCUAGGAAGUGUCGAAUAGACAGCAACGAAUUCAUAUAUAUUCUUCAAAAUAUCGGCGAACCCUCUCAGAACCUGCACGCGAACUUGACGACUCUGUUAAGGGUGACCAGCAAAGUGGAGAACAAUUACGACUUUUUGCCCCCCGAAAUCUCCACGCAUUUUUUGUUUUACGAGCUGCUUGGCAUCGACCCUAAUAGGACCGAGAGUUCGGACUAUGACGACUGUGGCAACACUACUAAAGACAAGGUUUAGUGCAACAAAAUAAAUUAUUUAUUAAAUUUA